GACUUGACCGGUGCGUACGACUGACGCCUCGGUUGGGCAGAGAAAGGUACUGAUGCGUACUCUUAAAAUUGCCCAUUUUCAUCCGUGUUCACUGAAACACGAAGAAAUGUCGCAGCUGCCUGAGGACGUCACUGUCGACAUACUCUGCCGGUUGCCGGUGAAGGACCUAGUACGGUUCAAGGCGGUGUCGCCGCGUUGGCGUGCCCUAAUCGAGAGUUCAGAAUUCGCCAAGUUGCAUCUCAAUCGCUCCAUCCAAACCCGCGCCAAUCUCGGCCUCAUCCUCAGGGAUGAGCACCUCCACGCCGUCGAUUUCGAUUCGCUGGACGGCACGGUACAGGCCGUAGAGCUCCACUACCAUCCUUUGCGGUGCCAGGACUACAGCACCAAGGUUUGGGGCUCUUGUAAUGGGAUUAUUUGUUUAUCGAAUUCGUUCGAUAGCGUAGUUCUCUGGAACCCUUCGACUCGGAAAUAUCGGAAAUUGCCUGACUCUUCGGUUGAGCUCGAGGAGAAAUGGAGGUAUUAUGAGAAUAGGAUUUAUGGGUUUGGGUAUGACAGCGUUAGUGAUGAUUAUAAAGUGGUGAGAAUUGUUAUGCUCGAAGGGAUGCAUGAUGAUGAAUCUUUUCACUAUGAGGCUAAAGCUUAUAGUUUGAAGGCGAAUUCAUGGCAUAGAGUUGGGAAGUUCCCUCAUCACCCCCAUUUGAAAAGAACAGGCGGUGUGCUAGUUAAAGGUGCGUUGCACUGGGUUGUAAAUGAAGAACCUCAGAUUUCUAGGGCUGGCUUGAUUGUUGCUUUUGAUCUGGGGUGCGAGGGAUAUAGAUUGGUGCCACAGCCCGAGUAUUCGGAUCUGAACUUUUUAAUGAAUGUGGAGAGAUUGGGUGAAUGCCUCUCAGUUGUUUGCUAUUAUUACUAUUGUAAACAUGUUCAUGUAUGGGUGAUGAAUGGUUAUGGAGUAAAAGAGUCUUGGACUAAGUUGAUCUCGGUGAAUGAACAAAGUGUAAUUAGGUAUAUGCAGUUUGUGAGGCCUGUUGGUUAUUCAAAGAAUGGAGAAGAAGUGCUCUUGCAAUUGGACGGAACUAGGCUUCUUUGGUAUGAUCUUAAAAGGAACCAGGGCAGGCAGGUUAAGAUCCGUGGCUUACAAGAGCUCAUGCAAGUAGAGAUGUGUGUGGGAACCCUUGUCUCACUUGAUGAUGGUGGUGAAGGCAAUGGGAAGAAGCAACAAGAACAAGAAGAUAGGAAUAUGGGCAAUUUCCUGUCAAAUGGGUUCAAGCUGGUGCUAUAAGCUACUGGAAGAAGAAACAAAAGAGGCAUAUGGUGAAGAGAAUAGCCCGCAGGUAACAUACAUGCGCAUAUGUGCAAGAGAAUUGGGCAACAAAUUGUUCUAAAAGAACCUAGCUGGCAGCACCUGAUGAAAAGGGAAGGAGUGUGCCAAGGAACUUGCUUCUAGGGGCUGGUAUAAACUUGGCUAUGAAUGGUAUGAACUUGGCUAUCAAAAGCUGGUGGUCAUGCUGUUGGCAACUGUUAAAGAAAGGAUUUGGGAAAUUAAUCUGCUGGAACAAAAUAUUUUCAAAGAAAUUAUUGUCCCGGAGUUCCCAUUAAAUGGCUGGAAAGAACUGAGAGGGGGCUUGAUGGCCUUUUUGCUUUCUUUUACAGUUGGAGCAAAGGCUACUGGUUGCAAAUCUUUUCUUCAUGCAUUGACUAUUCCUUCUUGGCUUGCUUACCCUGAAGACUUUUCCUGCAUCUAGGUUGUGUUUGUGGAAGUUUAUCUGGAUUCUUGUGUGCCUAAGGUUAAUGGGUAGGCCAUAGUCUAGUGUGGGUGGGAAUAUCUGGAUUUUUCGUUUUUGUUUUUAGUCCUUCAUCUCCAACUUGGUUGGAACAUGCCAACACUUUGCAACUUGUUAAUGAAGCAUUGUGGAGCAUGAAACAUUGUUGGAUAUUUGAACAUGACAAAUACUCACUUGAUAAAACCCUUUUGGGACACACUUUUCUCUUUAAUUUUGAAGCUGGAUAAGGUUUUGAUUAUAAUUCUAGAGGUGGACAUUUGCUUGUGGGAUGUGAAUAUUUUUUAAGAAAAAGAUCAGGUGAUUUCACAGGAUUGUAGGAUAUCCAGACUCCAGAAGCCAGUAAGCUUUUGAUUCAGGUUCAAAUGUGUAUUGGUAGAGGCAACAUGAGGACUAGCUCCCUGCCGGAGAAGGCCACACUGACCUUCUCAUGCAGUCCCAGUUGUCUAACAUGGCUUGAAUACCAGUACACACUACACCCCUCAUUCUCAGUUGCUGAUUUUGAUGCUCGAUGUCAGGCUAUGGAAGUUUGGCUGCACGCCAACAUCGGCCUUGCUUAUUCUCCAAACGUUAUGAUUUCUAAUGGAGUUGGCCCCAGAUUGAUUUCACACAUGGAUGAAGGCUCAGCCUUUCCUCCUGGGCCCAGUUAUGCUCAGCUCAAGUCACAGGCUGGCUGUCUACGACUUUUGACCCAUUCGCAGUUCUCCAUAGUUCAGUAUCUUUUUCUGAAAGAUUAGCCCACCUUGUGAUCCUAUUAUGCUGCUGGUUGUGAUGGAAUUGCUCUUAGGAACUCCCCUUCUGCACCAGGUUUUUUCUUUGUUCUGAAGCCUUUUGAGCUUGGUCAAAAGGGUGUUGCACGUGGGGACAGUUUUCUCUCCUUUGGGGAUCAAGGGCCCAGUCUUGCCAUUGAAGGAGUCCACUGAUAGAGCGAACUUCUCAGAAGAUUCCUUCAAGCAACUAUACUUUUUUCUCAAUCCCUCUCUUGGUAAACAGUGGCAUUUGGAGCUCUUCGAAAAAGGAUGGCAGGUUAGAUCUUAAGAGCGAUAGAGAGCUUAAAAAGCUCGCUUGUGAUAUCAAUUAUGAGUAGGAAGGGCGUCAAAGGACCUGAUUUGAGGGCAAAAAUGUUAAGCAAGCUUCUUCAUUUACAAUGUACAUGUUUUCUCUUGGAAUAGUUAGGGGUUUAAACAAUGCAUAAAGAAUUGCCAGUUAGUUUGUCUUAUUUUGUUUCCUAUAAACUGAGUUUGAUUCUAUUUAUUUGGCUAUCAUUAGGCGCAUUUUAGAUAGUUUUUGGGUUGAUUAUGUGUCCUUGGACACUUCCCGUGCAGCGGGUGAUUUUUCAAUUCUUUGGGGUUCGAGAAUUGUAAAUAAAUUAGGAGUCCGGGAUGUUCCUUGUUCUAUUUCUUGUAAAUUUAGUAAUAAUGGUGAAUGAUGAUUAUUUUUGGUGGAUUU